AUGUUCAAAUACGCUGUUGUCAUCUUUGCUGUCAUCGUCUGCGCUGCCGCCAAACCUCACAUCUUGGCCGCUGCUCCGUUGGCUGUGGCCGCUCCGGCACCGAUCAUCACCGCUACCAGCAGUCAAGUUGUCGCACGCAACCACAAUGGCAUCGCCUUCGCUCCGGUAGUGGCCUCAGCACCCAUUGCACCCAUCGCUCCAGUCGCUAAGGUUGUCGCCCCAGUAGCCGCUGCUCCAUUGGCCGCACCAAUUGCCCCUCUUGCCGCUCCAGCACCUUUGAUCGCACGCUAUGCUGCCGCUCCCGCACCACUCUUGGCCCGCUACGCUGCCGCUCCCUUCGCUUACCCCGCCCAUUUGGCUUCCUACGCUGCCCCUGCUGCCUUCUCCUACGCCCCCGCGUACGCACCAACUCUGCGUUAUGCCGCUGCCGCCCCUGCUCCAGUUGUGUGGUAA